GAGAGAGAGAGAGAGAGAGAGAGAGAGAGAGAGAGAGAGACAGAGGGUAUAUUUAUAGCUCAGAGCGAGGCUGCACUAGAGAGAUAAGGCUCGAACUGACUGCAGGAUAGAACAACAGACAGAGCGAGCGAGCGAAACGGAGAGAAACAAUGAACCGAUUCGUGUCGUUGGUGUUGCUGUGGACCCUGGCGGUCCUAUCCGCUACCGGACCCGUUAGCGGGGCUGAGGAAGGCGAGAUCUCGUUCGAGUAUCACCGGUACGAAGAACUACGGAAGGCUCUGGUGUCCGUAUGGCUGCAGUGUCCAUCAAUCACGCGCAUUUACACGGUGGGGGAGAGCUUCGAGGGCCGCGAGCUGCUGGUCCUGGAGAUGUCAGACAACCCCGGGACGCACGAAGCUGGUGAGCCAGAGUUUAAGUACAUCGGAAAUAUGCACGGCAACGAGGCCGUAGGACGGGAACUCAUCGUCUACCUGGCCCAGUACCUCUGUAACCAGUACCAGCAGGGCAACGAGUCGAUCAUCGAUCUGAUCCACACCACACGUAUCCACCUGAUGCCCUCCAUGAACCCUGAUGGCUUUGAGAAGGCUGCCUCCCAGUCGGGGGAGAUGAAGGAUUGGUUCGUUGGCCGUAGCAACGCCCAGGGAGUCGACCUGAACAGGAACUUCCCUGAUCUGGAUCGCAUCGUCUACGGCAACGAGAAGGAGGGCGGAGCCAACAACCACCUGCUCAACAACAUGAAGAAGGCCGUCGACGAAAAUACCAAGCUGGCUCCAGAGACCAAGGCAGUGAUUCGGUGGAUAAUGGAGAUCCCCUUCGUCCUCUCAGCUAAUCUACACGGAGGAGACGUGGUGGCUAACUACCCCUACGAUGAGACGCGCAGCGGUUCGACCCAUGAGUACAGCGCCAGUCCUGAUGAUGUCACCUUUAAGUCUCUGGCGAAGUCCUACUCCCAGUUUAAUCCUGUGAUGUCAGACCCCCAGAGGGCUCCGUGCAGGAAGAACGAUGAUGACACCAGCUUCACCGAGGGCAUCACCAAUGGAGGGGCCUGGUACAGCGUGCCCGGAG